AUGCAAGACAAGAUUCUGGGUCUGUGUCUUUCCGUUCUUCCCAUCACUUUGUCAGUCCAUUUUGCGGAGAGAGGUGUGGGUCAACUUGGGUCGUCUCCGGAAGCAGUCCAACACAAUGGGCCAAAGCGUACCGUCCCUGUCAUGAAAGGUCUUAGGAGACGGUUCAUCGAACCUGAAGAUCUUUAUCUUUUUGAAGCAACCAUAGAAAACCCCAACACUCAAGGACUUGUAAUCGGCUCAACCGAGAAAUCUGCCAGUUCUCGCAUUCUCAAUGAACCCAUCUUCAGAAGGUGCAAGCUACUGAGGCUGGAAUUUCCGAAAGUCGGCAAUCCCGAGCGUGGAACGUUUGCCGCUGGAGCAUCUGACGGCUGCGUCGCUGAGAGGAGCAAGCAUCUCAGAGCUCAAGGGAUUCUUCAACAAUCUCAACACAAUCGGUCGGACAUGAUUUCUCAAGAGGCCCAUCUUCGGGUGGUCAUCGUUGGAGCUGGCCUCAGUGGCAUCGCAGCGGCCAUUUCAACUGCCCUUUCGGGCCACUCGGUGCAAGUGAUUGAACAAGCAGCGGAGCUGGCAGAAGUGGGCGCAGGCCUGCAGAUCACUCCAAAUGCGUCCCGCCUUUUGAAGCAUUGGCAAUUGCGUGACUCGCUGUGGGCUGCCGCCGCCGAACCGACAAAGUUGACCGUGCAUCGAUAUUCGGGUGAGAUCUUGGCCCACGACGACGCCUUUGACAAGGGAAUUCGCGCCAAGUAUAAUGCCCCCUUUGUCGAUCUACACCGAGUGGAUCUGCAGCAAGCGCUAUUUGAGCGAGCUAAGGAGCUGGGAGUAAGCUUCCAUUUGGGCGAGAGGAUUGCUCGAAUUGAUUUUGAGACCACCACCGUUCACUCGGAAAGAGGUGGUGAAUUCACGGGAGAUUUGAUCGUCGCGGCGGAUGGCCUGUGGUCACGUUGUCGCGAGGCUUUGAUAGGUCAGAAGGACGAGCCUCUUCCGACGGGAGAUUUGGCAUAUCGCAUCGUUUUGUCUGCGGAUCAGAUCCAAGACCUGGAGCUCAAGGCUCUUGUGGAAAAUCCCGAAGUUCACUUCUGGAUUGGGCCCGGUGCUCAUGCGGUUGGAUACUCGGUGCGAGGCGGGAAAAUGUAUAACAUCGUUCUGCUUGUUCCGGAUAACCUUCCACCAGGUAUUUCACGACAGGCUGGCUCGGUUGAUGAGAUGAAACAGCUUUUUGCGGGUUGGGAUCCAAUCCUCAACAGAUUUCUGGACUGCGUGACAAGCGGGAAAAUCGACAAGUGGAAGCUCAUGCACCACGGCGAGAUGGAAAAAUGGGUUAGUGACCAGUCCAAUCUGGUUUUCAUCGGCGACUCGUGUCAUCCCAUGCUCCCGUAUCUGGCUCAGGGAGCAAACUCUUCCCUGGAAGAUGGUGCCGUUCUUGGUCUUUUGCUGGGGCGAAUGACCGACAAAGCCCAGCUUCCGCAUAUUCUCCGUCUGUAUGAAAGACUUCGCAAGUCCAGAGGGGAGGCCAUUGUCCGAGAAACUUUCAAACAGAGACACGACUUUCACAUGGAGGACGGAGAAGAGCAAGUGCGGCGUGAUGAAAUAUUCCGCUCGCAGCUUGGAAAGGAGAUCAAAGGAGCAUUUCCCAGUCGAUGGACGUGUCCGGAGGUUCAGCCGUGGCUGUACGGCUAUGAUGCCCUUGAGGAGGUGGAAAAGGCCGUCUUGGAACAUACACAUCUCUUUUCUCGACCUGGCAAGUCUCGCUCCUCUUCAUGUGUCAUAUUAUGA